UGAGAAGCUCGGAAAGGAGCUGGGCGGAGUUAGGAGCCGCUGCAUCUGCCAGAAGAGGCCAGGCGACGCGGCGUGUUGUGGCGCAGCGGAUCGCGGUGGCGGCGGGGGUAUUGGUAUGAACAGGAUUCGGAUUCACGUCUUGCCAACCAAUCGGGGGAGGAUCACGCCGGUGCCCAGGUCCCAGGAGCCCUUGUCUUGUUCAUUCACUCAUCGCCCAUGCUCUCAGCCUCGUCUGGAAGGACAGGAGUUUUGCAUUAAGCAUAUCCUCGAAGACAAGAAUGCACCCUUCAAGCAAUGUAGUUAUAUAUCUACGAAGAAUGGAAAAAGAUGUCCCAGUGCUGCCCCAAAGCCAGAGAAGAAAGAUGGUGUGUCCUUCUGUGCUGAACAUGCUCGAAGGAAUGCCCUAGCGCUUCAUGCUCAGAUGAAGAAGACCAACCCAGGGCCUAUGGGUGAAACACUGUUGUGCCAGCUGAGUUCAUAUGCUAAGACAGAGCUGGGAUCUCAGACUCCAGAAAGUAGCCGAAGUGAAGCCAGCCGAAUACUGGAUGAAGACAGCUGGAGUGAUGGGGACCAGGAACCCAUUACUGUGGAUCAGACAUGGAGAGGUGACCCUGACAGUGAAGCUGAUAGCAUAGACAGUGAUCAAGAAGAUCCCUUAAAACAUGCUGGUGUCUACACAGCAGAAGAAGUGGCCCUGAUUAUGCGUGAAAAGUUAAUUCGUUUGCAGUCUUUGUACAUUGAUCAGUUUAAACGACUUCAGCAUUUGCUUAAGGAGAAGAAGCGCCGGUACUUACAUAACCGCAAAGUGGAACAUGAGGCUCUAGGCAGCAGUCUCCUGACUGGUCCUGAAGGACUUUUAGCCAAAGAACGAGAGAAUUUAAAGCGAUUAAAAUGUCUCAGGCGAUACCGCCAGCGCUAUGGAGUGGAAGCCUUACUGCACAGGCAACUGAAGGAACGAAGAAUGCUGGCCACAGAUGGUGCUGCCCAGCAGGCCCAUACCACUCGUUCCAGUCAGAGGUGCUUGGCCUUUGUGGAUGAUGUUCGUUGUUCGAAUCAGUCUCUUCCAAUGACCAGACACUGCUUUACUCAUAUUUGUCAGGAUACAAAUCAAGUUCUUUUCAAAUGCUGCCAGGGAUCUGAAGAGGUCCCCUGCAACAAAGCAGUUCCUGUAAGCCUCUCUGAGGAUCCCUGCUGUCCACUGCAUUUCCAGUUGCCUCCUCAGAUGUAUAAGCCCGAGCAGGUACUGUCUGUGCCAGACGAUCUGGAAGCCGGCCCCAUGGAUCUGUACUUGAGUGCUGCUGAGCUCCAGCCCACUGAGAGUUUACCACUGGAGUUCAGUGAUGACUUGGAUGUUGUGGGUGAUGGUAUGCAGUGCCCUCCUUCACCCUUGCUUUUUGAUCCUUCACUAACCCUUGAAGAUCAUUCAUUGAAAGAAAUUGUUGAAGGCUCAGUGGAUAUAUUGGGCCAGGUACAAAUGGCUGGAGAUGGGUGCAGAUCCCAGGGAUCUCGAAAUUCUGAGAAAGUCUGUGUGCCAUUGCCUCAGAGUGGAUUGGCUACUGCAAAUGGAAAACGAGAACCCACUUCUAUCAGUUGACAGUUUAUUCUAGAACUAUUUGAUUUGGUGGAUUUGAAUUUCCUGUUCUUCAAACAAGUGUCUCUAAUCAUCUCUUAAAUGGGGCAAUUUGCCUUGUUUUUCCUUCUGGGUUAGAGAGUGCUAUAUAGUCAAAUAAAAGCUAAGUCUGGGGAGAAGGGUCAGUAGUGUCCAAAAGUUGUGGGUUUCUUCCCACUCUGGGCAAGGAGGAGGAGGGGUUGUCCUUACCGCCGAGAUUGAAUGUUUGAGACUGCCUAAUGGGAAAAACAUCUUUGGAAUGGUGUUUCCUAAGUCACAGGCAAGAAACCACGUAGAUGGUCCCAGUAUUUGCUUAUCUACCCAAAGGGCCUGCAUUUUAGUUUCUCUUAACAUCCACUUAAUCUGGCAGUCUGAACCUUUUCUCCAACUGAACUCUAACUUUUGGUCUCUGAGAAAAUAACCCACAGGACUGGGCCCUCCUUAACCAUCUACAUUCUAAUCUAUGUGAAUCUCUGCGGUGUCUGUCUUAUGUAAAAUACAGUAAAAAUUUAUUGUACAUAGUUUCUAUUAAAUGUUAAAACCUGAA